AUGUCGUCUUGGUUUCCCUCAAGUUUCAGUUCCGAUGAUAACCCUUCUCCUGAAUCUUCUUCUCCCACAACUCCCUCCGUUGGCUUUAAGGAAAACGUUUCCAACCUUUUCUGCGGUGUGGCGGCCUUUCUUCCGCAGCCACCGCCCAACUCGGACGUGAUUGCCGGAAUGAAGAAUGACUUUGUGGAAAUUAAGGAUACCUUAAAAUCGUGCCUCUCUUUUUUCUCCUCGAAACUCACUUCCCUUUUUUUACAGUUUCCCAGAGCAACUAACGAUAGUGAUGAUGGAUUGGAGAAUGGUGUAGUUGGAGUUACCGAGGAUGUCGUGGAUUUUGUUGGAAAAAUUUCAUCAAGUCCAGAGCUUUGGACUGAUUUUCCUAUCUCUCUGCGUGAUGAUGUUGAUAUGUCUGACUACCAGAGAGAACAUGCUUCAGAAAUUGAGCGUUUGGUUGUUGAAACGAGGGCGACAAUUUUGCAGAUGUUUCAAAAUAAGAUAACUUUUGGGAAUUCAGAUUCGUCUGAGGAGGAUGGCGGCGAAGAAGUCGAAGAAAGCACGAUCGAGCAUAAUGUGAUCGAUGAGGCUCUAAAUGCAACAAAAGUCGUUACCAAAGUGGAUUAUGAUCAUAUGUCACUAUCACGGACCAAAAAAGUUUUAUCAACAGCUGAUGCUAAGGAAUGGGUUGAAGUGAAUGAAAGUUGCAAAUCUCAAAUCAGAGAUAAAGGGUUGGAAUCUGAAGAAUUAGAUGAUUGGGUCACUAUCUAUGAUUCUGAUAGAGACAAUUGGAUAGCAAUUUGA